AUGGCAGCGCUACUUCUUUCAUUGCUGGUGAUCCAGAUUUGCCGAGUUUUGUCAUUUUCGGCCAAGAAAAGUCCAGUACCACCGAUUGUGGCAUGUCAAUCCACUGGCGAGGUACAAGCAGCCAUUUCUUUGUUCCUACGACCCAAUGAUGUUGUUUUGGAACUUGGUGCUCAGCUUUCAGACACCUCGACCCAUCUCUGUCGAACAAUUGGACCAGGUGGAAAAGCAAUCUUGGUGGAUGUACAACGAAAGGAGGCAACAAGUGGUAGAUCCACCCAGCGCAAUUCAAAACCGUUUCUUGGCGAUGAUUCGAAUCGCCCUUCGAAUAUCGAGAAUGAGUCAAAAGAAGACGAGCAAGACACAUUUAGAGAUCGGGUAGACUACCAAGAGCUGGAACAGUUUGAUCAAUGGAGGAAUCUCUACAAGGGAGAUAAUCACUUUGACGUCAUAAUACUUGAUAUCGGGUCAAUGAUUGGGAACGAUCUCUAUCUGACGACGCUCUCGAUUGCGACAGAGUUCUUAGCGAGUCAAAAUGUAUCUCCUAGAGCAAUCCUUGUCAAGUCGAAAGAACUCUACAGUCUUGCUCGACGAAUCACUCACUCACAAAGAUUGAUGGAUGGAACAACCACACUACCCGCCAACCUUUGCCGGUCAACAGAGCCGAUCAUUAUCCCAUGCGUUGGAGUGAACGAUUAUCGCAAAACGAUUCCUUUUGUUGUGAGUGGAGGCGAUGAUGUGCUGGAAGUCGGCUGCCAUUUUGGAACGACAACCGCAUUGCUGUACGAGGUGGUGAAGAGCAAUCCCAUCACUGGUGAUAAUAGUUCUGGAUUUUGUGCAGGAGUUGAUAUAGGGGAGAAGAUCAUUGCUAGUGCCAAAAUGAAAUACGAUGGCCCGGUUUUCGAGGUUAUGAAUGCGUGGAAUACACUAGAUCUAUUGAAAAUAAAAGCCAAACAUGGUUCCAUGCUGAACGACCCUACAUCAAUGAUGGGUUAUGAUGUCGUCUAUGCUGAUAUCGGGGGCCUCAGUGGAGCGCAUGGACUGUUGGAAAGUCUCGCAUUGCUGGAUGCAAUCUCCAAAGCGUUGGAACCACGAUGCAUUGUCAUCAAGAGCCAGUGUAUGAAGCGGCUUGCAUCCCAGUUGGUACCGUUCUCACGUGUGAAAAACAAGGCUUGA